AUGUGCUGCCGUGUCGGGACGUGGGCUGGUUGUUUUUGUGUGACGGGUGCGAAGCGAUUGGGAGGUAUAGUUUGCAGUUUUGGGGCUUCCCCAACUAAAGUUCGGCGGCCGCCGGGGGUUUUUCCCCACGAACGCUGUACCCCAUGUCCGGUGGCGGAUAAUAAUCCGUUGGCUCAUCUGAAUACAGCAAAUUUGGGUGCAGUGGAACAACGAUGGGCGGCUCAGCUCGCGGGAUUCCAGUUUGAUGUACGUUACAGACCGGGGCGGACAAAUGGAAAUGCUGAUGCCCUCUCCAGGUGGCCUGUGAGUGAGACUUCGCCCGGCCCUACGGAGGAUGGGGCAGUCCCGUGUGGUGAGGUCGGACAUGUAGCACCUGAAGUCGUCCGUGCCUGUGUCCAUGCCUUUGUUCCAGUUGCUGAGGAUCUGGAGGAGGGUCACAAGAUCGAGACAACGGUUCAUACAGAUCAAGGAGACCGUGUGGGACCUAGUUUGUUGGCCGAAUGGAAGAGGGCACAGCGGACUGAUCCAGUGAUAUCACGAUUGUGGAUCUAUAUGGACCGAGGGAGAGGGCCCUCUCCAAGAGAGCGAGCAGCGGAAGAUCGGUCUACUCAAGUGUUGUUGCGACAGUGGGCCCGCCUCUGUGUGGAUCAGGGACUGUUGUGCAGGGAGGUAUGUGAUCCAAAGACAUUUGACAACUUGAGACAAAUAGUGGUGCCUCAGUGUCUGCAGAUGCAGGUUCUGGAAUGGGUGCAUGACCAUGCAGGACACUUGGGAGUGGAAAAGACUUUGGGCAUGGCCCGCCGACGUUUCUUUUGGCCAGGGUUGGCACGAGGAUGUGUUCGAUGCAACCUGCACAAGACUCCUGUAAAUAAAGUGAGUGCCCCUCUUGUAUCUAUACAAUCAGAAUACCCUCUUCAGAUUGUUUCUGUUGAUUUUUUGUCAUUGGAAGCCGCACGCAGUGGGAUGUGUAAUAUCUUAGUUAUGAUGGACCACUUCACUCGUUAUGCAGUUGCAGUGCCUACUGCGGACCAGACUGCUGUGACUACUGCAAGGGUGUUGUGGAAACAUUUUAUACAGUCAUUUGGGGGGUUUGAUCAGUUGCACUCUGACCAGGGCCCAAAUUUUGAAUCCAGGGUCAUUAAAGAGCUAUGCUCAUUGUAUAAUAUCAGUAAGUCUCAUACGACUCCCUAUCACCCAGCUGGAAAUGGACAAUGUGAACGUUUUAAUCGGACACUGUUGAGUAUGCUGGGCACUUUAAAGGAUGAUCAGAAAGAGGAUUGGGACCAGUAUGUGGCAGAAUUGGUACAGGCCUACAAUAACACCCCUCACCCUUCUACAGGUUAUACCCCGUAUUUUUUAAUGUUUGGCCGUCACGCAAAAUUGCCCAUUGACGUCAUGCUGGGCCGGGGAGAUGGAUUUUUGGGCACAGCUGACAGCUGGGUGCAUCACCAUCAUAAAAGAUUAGUGACUGCCUAUAAUCAAGCCCGAAAACAAGUGCAGAAGGCUCAAUUUCAUCAAAAGAAGGGGUUCGAUCGUAAAGUUAAGGGGGAACCUUUGUUGAUGGGGCAGAGAGUUAUGGUCCUAAAUGAGAGGGCCAGGGGACAGGGUAAAUUGGAUGAUAAAUGGGAAAGGAAUGUGUAUGUGGUUAUGUCACAACCUAACCUUGAUAUACCUGUGUAUGUUGUUAAGAAGGAAGGGGUCAAUGGUGAGGAGAGGGUUUUGCAUCGUAAUAUGUUAAGCCCAUGUAAAUUUGAUAUAGCCUUGCCUUUAGAAGGAAAAAGUGUUGAGGUUUCACCUUCUGAGUCUAAUGUCAAUCCUGUGAACAGUAAUUGCUGUAUGUAUCCUUGGGUGGGGGGCUGUCUUACAGGGCCACCAGCACCCAUACAGAGGGAUGGAGGAGCGACCUCUAAUAUGGACAUUGUUGAAGAGACAUCACAGACUGCAUUGAGGGAAGGUCCAUCUAGCCCAUAUGUUUCACAGACUGAGUACUUGAGGCGGUCCACGCGAGCCACAAAGGGCUUGUUGCCUUUACGUUAUAGAAUGUGAGGUAUUUGGGAAUGUGUGGACACAUUUGGAGUGGGGGGGGUGGAUGUAAGCCCUUCAUUUAGGCAAGGGGAGGGGCGUCAGUGGUUGCGCCCGUAGUAUCUGCCUUAUGUCCCAUUAGGGGAAGGAGACAAACACCUGUGCUGCAUUUCUAGUGGAAUCAAUAAAGGUAUGAGGUCUGUUGUUGUUUGGGAGGGAUUUUGUAUGUGAGGGCUGCUGAGCUUCUUGCCAAGGCUGCCGUGUCGGGACGUGGGCUGGUUGUUUUUGUGUGACGGGUGCGAAGCGAUUGGGAGGUAUAGUUUGCAGUUUUGGGGCUUCCCCAACUAAAGUUCGGCGGCCGCCGGGGGUUUUUCCCACGAACGCUGUACCCCAUGUCCGGUGGCGGGUAAGAAGGCUAGUAGCCCAUUAUUUGCCUGCAUCUCCGGUUAAUUCAUUUGUGGGUGUAUUUAGUGUUUUAAUCGCUGGGGAGACCUGGUUUAAUGUGAUCGAUUAAUUGUAGCCGGUCCCCCAGCGUUUGUAUCUGUGUAUAUGUGUUUGUAGGUGAGUGUGUGUGCGCAGAGGGUAUUAGUGUAGGUUGUUCUUCAUGUACCAUACUCUAUUUUAUUGUGACGAUGGCUAAGUAAUUAGUCAGAGUGGUUUUGGCUUGUAUUGAGUGAUUUUUCUUUUGGUGUGGAUUAAUGUGUGGUAUUUAAUUUAUGCACUUAUGAAUUGUUGUACUUCUAGUGUUUGCUGUGUAAUGAAAUCGUCUAGAAUUGGUUGGCACAUGAAUUAACUUUAAUAGGUUGAGACCCUCUGCUGAAUACCUUGCUGUAUGUUGUUCUUUAUCCUGGGUAAUUUGUUAUUUGUCAAAUACAUUGCGAAUUGAAAUAUAUAUAUAUAUAUAUAUGUGAUAAUCAUCUCAACCUCCUGCUCUGCCCUCUUGAGGUUUUAUUUGUUGUAUUUUAUAAGAAUAAAAGUGUAUUUUUG